AUGGGUGCUGCUUACACUAUUCUAGGUAGAACUUUUAAGCCACAUCAAUUGGCGCUCGGCACAAUUUCUGCAGUCUUGCUAUUGGUCGUACCAAAUCCAUUUAAGAAGAGCGAGCCUAAGUCAUUAUGGAAGGCUUCUUCGCAUGGUGAAGAAAAGUACAUUGAGGAGUACUUGGCCAAGCAUGCUGAAAAGCUCUAA